AUGUCGUACACCACUCUUCCUAAUCCCAUAUUUGCCAACGUAGCCUUAGUUACACCAGAGAAGGAGCUGCAACAACAGAUUGAGUCAUCCCUAGAUCAAGACAAGUCCCUGGAGGAAAUCCUCCAAUUCCUGCAGAACAAGUCCAAAGCGCCUCCUUCCAUCAAACGCGCGUUUAAGGAUUAUGAAAUGGAGGCUGGCCUACUCUUCUACCAAGGAUGGAUUGUGGUCCCUGACGUUGGAACAUUAAGGACGGAUCUACUACGUAUAUUUCACAACAGCCCCUUGGCAGGACAUCCGGGAAGACAGCGCACUCUAGAGCUAGUAUCAAGGAACUACUACUGGCCCGGCAUCCGCGCUGAUACGUACUGGCAUCCUCUUGAAGUCCCUGUUAGACCCUGGCAGCACGUGUCUUACAACAUGAUAGUAGAUCUACCAAAGGACGGAAGCAACAACUCAAUCCUGGUAAUUGUCAACAGCUUCACAAAGUACGGGAUAUUUGUAAAAUGCUCCAAAAAACUCAAGGCACCCAAGUUAGCAGAACUAUUCCUGGAAAACGUAUGGAAGCGCCAUGGCAUGCCAGAAAAAACCAUAUCCAACAGAGGAAGAGUCUUCAACAACAAGUUCUUAAGGGCCCUGUAUAAACGCCUUGGCAUUGACCCACACUUCUCUUCCACCUAUCACCCCCAGAGCAACGGACAAACGGAACGCGUCAAUCCCUCCAUCAAACACUUCCUCAGGGCUUACUCAGGGGUAAACCAAAGGGACUGGACCAGAUGGCUCCCAAUGGCAGAGUUUGCGUACAACAAUGCCGUACAUAGCAGCAUGGGCAAGACCCCUUUCAAGGCCUUGUAUGGAUGGGAGCCUACCUUAACCCCUUUGAACGUACCAAUGGACGUGCCAGAAGCAGACAAUCUGGCCCAGACAAUGGAGGCUCAGUGGAAGGAAGUGGAGUCGGCACUCUGGCAAUCUAAACAACAAAUGAUGGCCGGGGAAAGUGGAAGCCCAACGGAGUUUGAGAUUGGAGAAGAGGCUUGGCUAGACGCCAAAAAUGUCAACCUCAAAACCUUGAGCCCCAAGCUAACGGAACAACGCCUGGGGCCAUUCAAGGUUAUUGAGAAAAUCUCCAACCAGGCUUACCACCUAGAACCCCCAACAAUGCGGAUCCACAACGUGUUCUAUGUAGGACUCCUAUCUAAGGUCAAAAGGGAUGAGAAGCGCGCCUUUGAGAAUUGCCCUCCACCAGUCACUGUGGACAGAGAAGAAGAAUACGAGGUGGAAGGGAUCACUGAUGCUGAAGAAAGGAAUGGAAAGUGGUUUUUCCAAGUCAAAUGGAAGGGGUACAGAUCCAAGGAAAACACACAUGAAAAGAAGGCCCUUGGCGCUGCCAAGGCCCUUAGAGGGGGGGCAGUGUUGUAG